AUUGGAUACAGAGCCUAUCACAUUUUCUAAUCAACCACACUUGUCACGUUCAGAUAACUAAUAACAUAUUUAGCGUAUCGAAAGGAGAAUGAUGACAUACUUUGGAACCAAUCCGCGUGUUGUGCAGCCUUGCUCUUAUAUAAAAUGAGAUGCUACGGAACCAAUAUUCGGUGUCUUGUAUCCCAAAGAUGUCACGGACAAUGAAGCAACUCUUCCUCUUUGCAGCGCAGCUUGGUGGUUUUGCUCUCAAUCUUUUGCUCCUAGUUCAUGCCCAAGAUCAAUCAGGCUUCAUUAGCAUAGAUUGUGGCCUAGGGAAAGAUUCCAGGUAUAAUGCAAGUGGGACAGGCAUUAACUAUAUUUCAGAUGAAAACUUCGUAGCCACUGGUGAACGGAAGCAUGUGUCGCCUGAAUACAAAGACAAGUACUCCCAUUCAUACAACUCUCUUAGAAGCUUCCCUGAAGGAAUCCGAAACUGCUACAAAAUAAACGUUACAAGUAAAACCAAGUAUUUGAUCAGAGCAGGUUUCUUAUAUGGGAAUUAUGAUCGACAAAAUGAAUUACCCGAGUUUGAGAUACACAUUGGACCUAACUUGUGGGAUACAGUGAACUGGUUGCGCAAUUCGUCGGAAGCAAAAUAUGCCGAGCUCAUACAUGUCCCUCUGCGAAACUACGUACAUGUUUGUCUGGUGAAGACAGGCUCCGGGGUUCCAUUUAUAUCAUCUAUAGAUCUCAGGCCUUUAACCGAUGCCGCGUACAAAACAGUAAAAGGGUCCUUAUCACUUAUCGAUCGGCUUGACACUGGUCUAACAGCUGACCCUGGGGAGUACAGGUGAGUGAUUUGCAUGUUUACUAUUGUCCCCAAUUUAACCAC